AUGACAUCUGAUAUCAAAAUCCCCGCCUUUGAGGCAACUCCCGUCGACAGCAUUGCUAAGAUUGCUGCUACAGCUCGCCAAUCAUAUCGAUCUCAAAAGACCAAAGAUGUCGAGUGGCGACUUGUACAACUUCGAAAGCUAUACUGGGGUAUCACGGACUACUCUGAGAAUUUCCAGGCCGCCUUGAAGAAGGAUUUGAACAAGGCCCCUCACGAUGCUAUCUUGUCCGAAAUCCACCAUUUGAUUCAGGAACUUAACCUGGUUCUCAAAAAGUUGAAGGACUGGGUAAAGGAUGAUAAGGAUAUCGAAUAUGCCUGGACCUUUUCAGCUAUGAAACCACGUAUCAGAAAGGAGCCUCUAGGCACGGUUCUAAUUAUUGGCCCCUAUAACUUUCCUUUGAUGCUUAAUGUCGCUCCGCUCAUUGGUGCUAUUGCGGCUGGCUGCACCGCUGUCAUUAAGCCUUCCGAGAACGCUCCUGCGACUGCCAUGGUAAUGAAGGAGAUGAUUGAGAAGUACCUCGACCCCGAGUCAUUCUUCGUUGUCAAUGGAGCAAUCCCGGAGAGCACUGCCUUGCUUAAUGAGAAGUGGGAUAAGAUUUUCUAUACCGGCGGCCCGACUGUUGCGAGAAUCAUCUCAAAGAAGGCUGCUGAGACCCUUACGCCAGUUGCUCUCGAGCUUGGAGGUCGAAACCCUUCCUUCAUCUCCAGAUCUACCAACUUAGCACUAGCUGCAAGACGUCUCAUGUGGGGGAAAACGAUCAACGCCGGCCAAGUUUGUUUAUCGCAGAAUUAUGUGACCGUCCAGAAAGACUUAGUCGAUGACUUUAUCAAGCAUCUCAACGCAACCUACAAGGAGUUUUACCCCAACGGUGCUAAAGCGAGCAUAGAUUAUGCCCGGAUCGUUAAUGAGCAGCAAUUCGACCGCAUCAAGAAGAUGAUCGACACCACCAACGGCAAGAUUGUCUUAGGCGGAGAGACGGAUAGAUCUGAUCUUUACAUCUCACCAACCGUCGUUCUCGUAGACUCUACCGAUGACCCAGUGAUGAAGGACGAAUCUUUCGGUCCCGUCUGGUCUAUUAUUCCUUACGAUACUGUUGAGGAUGCUAUUAAGAUCAUGAAUACGGUUGACCCUACACCUCUAACGGUUACAACUUUCGGGUCCAAAGCCGAGAACGAAAAGAUCCUCAGCCAAGUUACUUCCGGUGGUGCAACUAUCAACGACGCAUGGAUGCACGGCGCGAUAUCCACGCUACCUUUCGGGGGUGUCGGCGAAUCCGGUACGGGUUCGUACCACGGACGAGCAGGGUUCGAUUGCUUCACGCACCGGCGUACGAUAGUCGAGGUACCUAGCUGGAUGGACAAGCUGCUACGCACACGGUAUCCACCCUUCUCGGCGACUAACUUCAAGCGCCAUAUCUGGUUGACUAGCACCAAGCCUAAUUUCGACCGCGAUGGCAAGCCCCUUUCCGGUCCCGGCUACUGGCUCUGGCUCAUCUUCGGCCCGGCGGCCCUACUGCCAAAGGUGCGUUACUGA